AUGGUUUACUAUAGGGCUGACCGGGUCGGACCUGAGACGGGUGGGCCCCCCUGGUUAAACAGAGACGUGGGCCCUGUAGGUGACCCCUGGUUAAACAGAGACGUGGGCCCUGUAGGUGACCCCUGGUUAAACAGAGACGUGGGCCCUGUAGGUGACCCCUGGUUAAACAGAGACGUGGGCCCUGUAGGUGACCCCUGGUUAAACAGAGACGUGGGCCCUGUAGGUGACCCCUGGUUAAACAGAGACGUGGGCCCUGUAGGUGACCCCUGGUUAAACAGAGACGUGGGCCCUGUAGGUGACCCCUGGUUAAACAGAGACGUGGGCCCUGUAGGUGACCCCUGGUUAAACAGAGACGUGGGCCCUGUAGGUGACCCCUGGUUAAACAGAGACGUGGGCCCUGUAGGUGACCCCUGGUUAAACAGAGACGUGGGCCCUGUAGGUGACCCCUGGUUAAACAGAGACGUGGGCCCUGUAGGUGACCCCUGGUUAAACAGAGACGUGGGCCCUGUAGGUGACCCCUGGUUAAACAGAGACGUGGGCCCUGUAGGUGACCCCUGGUUAAACAGAGACGUGGGCCCUCUCUCUCAGUACCUGUCUUAACGUUACUUUCAGCUAGACGCUAGGCUGUUUUCGUGCCCUACAGAGUAUACAGUGCAUUUGGAUUCCCCUUUUCAACAUUUUGUUAAGUUACAGCCUUAUUCUAAAAUUGAUUAAAUAAU